UUUUUAGUUUUCAAAAGUCUAUCAAAUAGAGCAGUUAUUCGGGUCAGUAUGAAAUUUUCGAUUUUAACUGUGAUUUUGUUCAUCACAGUAUUGCCUUUGGGUUUGAGUGAUCAGUUCGACGUGUUCUGGAAGCGACAAUUUUUACCAGCAAUAUUUUCUGGAUCAGCAAAUUGUUCUAUAACAGCAUGUGAUGCAUUGAAAAUUAUAGCUCAGUUAUUUGUAUUUACGAAAGAGAGUAAAUCUGGAAAAGAUCAGACUCCAAAAACCGAUCAAUCAAAUACUCCAGAUAUGGGCGUUUUUAAUAUGGAAAAUGAUUUGCAUAAACGAAUUCGUCAAAUUGAAAGUCGAUUACGUUCAGUUGAGCAGCCUGUUUGGCGAUUAACUCCAGGAAGUAGAAUCGAAUGGAAUCAUUGCACUUCUGGGAUAUGUCGUUGUAAUCCGGAUACGAAAAGUUUCACUUGUUGGAAUACAAAUUUAAAAUCAGUACCAGCUACUCAAGUUAUUCCAAUGAAUAUGGUUUUUAUAGAUUUAUCAAGAAAUUCAUUAUCAACACUUCACAAAGAUACCUUCAGAGGACUAACUUUAUUGGAAGAACUUGAUCUUUCAAGUAAUUUCUUGGAUUUUAUACCUUACGAUUUAUUUCAGGACUUGGAUAGUUUAAUUCAACUACGCAUUCAAAGUAAUCAACUAGAAGAAUUGGAUCAUAGAAUUCUAUGGAAACUUCGUAAUUUAAUUCUUCUGGAUAUCAGUAAAAAUGUUCUAUCUGAAAUUCCCGAGGAUUUGUUAAAUCAUGUGCAGCGGUUGACAGUUAUAAAUUUAUCGGAUAAUCGAAUAAAAGCAUUUCCUCCUGGAUUUCUCAAGGAUCAAGUUGUUUUAGAAGAAUUGGACAUGUCAAAAAAUGAAAUUGCAAUUUUAAAGUCUGGAAGCUUAAAGAAUCUCGACAAACUUAAAAUAUUGGACUUUUCAUGGAACAUGAUUGCUAAUAUAUCUGAUGACUUCUUUAUUGGUGUGAAGAGCCUUAAAACUUUAAUAUUGCACAGCAACCGUUUGACUUCAAUUUCAAGGAAGACAUUUGAGAAUUUACCAGAUUUGUUAACUUUGGACCUAACUAUGAAUCGAAUAAGUCAUAUUGAUUCUAAAGCAUUUUCAGAGUUAAUCAGCUUGCGUGAGUUAUUCUUAGGACAAAAUUCACUUUCCAAUAUUCCAGAUGGUUUAUUUCUACACACGGUUUCACUCACACGUUUGACAUUGUUUUCCAACAAUCUAACAACACUUGACGAAAACAAUUUCCAGGGUCUCACAAAUCUGAUCAAUUUAAUGCUGAAUAACAAUGUUCUGAAAAGUUUCAAGUCAACAGUUUUCCAUCCUUUAACGAAUUUAGAAAAACUACGCAUCGAUUCUAACAAAUUGCAAUUUUUACCCCAUGGAUCAUUUGACGGACUAAAUAAAUUAGUUGCAGUAAAAUUGGAUAAGAAUCCAUGGCAUUGUGACUGUCGUGCACUUUAUCUUGCCCGUUGGAUUCGUGAAUCUGGACCGAAGCUUUGGGAUGGUCAACCAAUGUGUCGUGGACCUGGUGAUUUGGGAGGCCAUGAAGUUGGUCUUUUGCGUUACGAUGAUCUUUGUGAUGGACAAUGGGCUAGUAUGUUGUCAUUGUCUCCCCGUUUGCCUGUUCGAAAACAUCGAAUUCUAACACCAAUGAAUUAUACGGAUUAUUUCAAUUUGUAUUUGAAACAUAUUUACACAUCCACCUCGGAGAAGCCUUUAAAUGUGUCUACAACAACGAUUUCAAGUCGUUUUGUUGCUGAAUCUUAAAAGUUAAUUAUAUUUAUGUAUGUAUUAUGUUGUGAAUUAAAAAGAGAAAUUGUAUUAUUAAAUUAUAAUGGGAGCUGCUUACGAUGACAGAAAAUAAAAAUUUAUAUGAAAAUUAUAAGAAAAAU